AUGACCACAACAUCGAAUCAAAAUUCCGGAUGUUUUCGUGGUUAUUCAAAUGAACAGAAAACUUUACGUGCAAAACUCGAUCAUCUACUAAAAUGGACACGAGAUUUAAAAAGUAAUAUUCUUAAACAAUCAUGCAAAGUAACACAAAAUAAAAAUAGUAAUUCUUCUAACGGUCAUCGUCAGAUAAUUGAUCAAAUUCACGAUGAUCUCGAUGAAUAUAAACGAAAAUUUGAUCGCGAACUAGGACGUAUACAUGACAUCUGUGAUGCAUUAAUGAAUAAUUCGACACAAAACGACAAAGUGAAUCUUCACGAUGAAAUUCUUCAAGCAUUGCGUCUUUCACCAACUUAUUCCUCGCUUGAACAACAUAUCGAUGGUGACAAUGGCAGCCGAUUACGUAUUCGUAUGAAACCACGUGAAAAUCAUCAUCCGGGACAAAAUCGAAUCCGUCAAAGUUCACCAAUAUUUACAAAAAAACUGAAGGGUAAAGCAUCACGACCGAUUACUUUGGAUAUCAUUGAUACAUCGACAGUCCCAGGUGGAAAACAACGAUCGCGAAAUAAUCCGUUUAAACGUUCAAGAUCGUAUACAAAUGUUGAACAUACGGAAACACAAUUAGGUAUGGAGUACAUUGAAGAAGAUGAAUGUGAUCUGUCAUGGAAACCUUUUGGACCAAAACGACCCAUUUUAGAAGUGAGCGCGUCAUUAAAUAACCAUGAACGACCCACAACAAGUUCAAUCCGAACAAAUCAAUCAUUGCUAACAAUGUCGACAGGAAAACUUACGACAUCCGGUGUUGAUGACGAUUCGUCUGAUGAAGAGUUCGAUAUAGCAUGGGAACGUCGUGUAAAGCGAAAAGCUCGAAAAGAGGCAACUAACACUGCAGUUGAAGUACUAUCGAAACGAACUGUACGCUUCUCACCAUCCACCUAUGAUCCAACUGAACGUCGUACUAGUCUUGAUCUUGAUGAAACCACACAAAAUGGGUCUCUACAGACAAGAGAUCAAAAUAAUAAUCACAAAACCCUACAAACUGAAAUCAUCAGCAUCGAUGACGAUGAAAAUGAUGAAACGAUAUCCAAACAGAAUCAAACGACAUCAUCAUCAUCACUUCGACAAGACAACGGACAGAACGGUAACACUGUUCUGGACGAUGAUGAAAUAAUCGCUUUGAGCGAUGAAGACAUUUCGAGAACGGUAAACAUUCCGAAAAGAAAACUUCCCUGGACGACAUCGGAUAUUCAAGUAACAUAUGGAAAUUCUCAAUCUCAACCCUCACAUAAUCCGUAUCGUAUUGGUAUUACUGAUCCAAGUAUACGCUCUGUAUUUUUACCUCUACCUAAUUCUCAGUUGACGACAAACUUGAGUAGCAGAAAUCGAAAAGCAGUAUCAUCGAAACGAACAACUAGUAGUAAAUUGUGA